UACUUUUACAAAUUUUUUACUUUUUGCUGUUUGCCAGAUUACGAUCGCAUUAGCCAUUAUGAUUUUGCUUGCGUCAACAUUUACUCAUUAUUUCCACAAGAUUUUGUCAUUGUACCUUGUGGAGAGGGUACAAAUUUCCAUUUCUGAUUCUUUCGAGCGAUUGCUCUUCGCUAGGAUUCUACAGACCAUUUGAUUGUCCUGCAUCUUUGCAUUUCUCGAAUAUUUUAUGCCUGCCAUACAUUAUACUGCCUGGAGUAUACAUCAGAUGCUUCCCACUGCAUGUUCCUGUACUUCUUUAUUGUUUUAACAUUAGAGCUUUUUGAAUCGCUGUGAUAUCGCAAGUCUCCGAAGUAGUGAGUGCGUGGCUAGUUCUAAACCUUCCGUUAUUUCGGAGUAUGCCGGAUUUUGGAGAUGGAGGAUGAUGACUACGAGUCCUUGCCGGAAGGUUUGCCCAUGGUUACAUAUAUGGCAGCUGGUUCGCUGGCCGGCAUUAUGGAGCACAGCAUUAUGUUCCCCAUCGAUUCUGUGAAGACCAGGAUGCAGAGCAUAACCAGUGUGACGAGGAAUGGCGGACCGUUUCAGACCCUCCACCUGAUUGUUCGCGAGGAAGGUCUAUUUCGGCCUCUACGCGGGAUGUCCGCCAUGGUCGCUGGCGCUGGACCCGCGCACGCACUGUAUUUUGCCUGUUACGAACGCCUGAAGCGUCUGUUCGACUCGUUUUCCAUACUGCAUGGCUCCGCGGCCGUGGCAUGCGCUGGCGCCGUUGCCACGCUCCUCCACGACUCCAUCAUGACACCCGCGGACACCGUGAAGAAUCGCAUGCAAAUGCGUAAUUCUCCGUACCGGAACACUUUCCAGUGCAUGGUGUCCAUGUAUCGAUCCGAAGGACUGAAAGCCUUCUACCGCAGCUACACUACGCAGCUGGUCAUGAACAUUCCCUUUCAAGCUUCCCAUUUCGUCAUCUAUGAAUCGUCACAGGAUGUAUUAAAUCAUUCGCGGCAGUAUUCACCGGCCACCCAUGUCGUUUCCGGUGCCAUUGCGGGAGGCGCCGCCGCUGCCCUUACAACGCCACUGGAUGUGUGCAAGACCCUAUUGAAUACGCAGGAGCUGAUGAAGAAGCGCGUGGAUGCUGCCGGUGGGGUGGGGAAUGUGCGAGUGAACGGGACGGUGAUCAAAGGCUUGUUGGGCGCGCUGAGCACCAUCUAUGCGCACAGGGGAAUGUGGGGCUUCUUCCAGGGAUUGCAGGCCCGGGUAAUUUAUCAGAUGCCCUCAACAGCCGUCUCCUGGUCUGUGUAUGAAUUUUUUAAAAAUUAUUUGACAAAAACUGAACGGUGACAAACCCAACCGAUCUGUUUGUGAUAGAAAAGAUAGCCUUAAAUUUUUGUGACAUUUUAUGCUGUUGUUAGCUUUUCUUGUUUUCGUGCAAAGUAUAAUUCAUGUGCUGCUGAAGUGUUUUCAAGAUGAUAAAAAAUAAAUAU